AGUCGUGAGAACUUUUUGGAAUUAAGGAUAAUUAAAACAAACAUGGAGUAUUCAAAUUCACCUGAUAAGUUGGACAAACAUAUUUCUCAGCUGAUGCAGUGUAAGCCCUUAUCGGAGCAAGAGAUUAAGCAGCUAUGUGACAAGGCUAAGGAGAUUUUAAGGAACGAAAGCAAUGUUCAGCCUGUUAAAACCCCUGUUACAAUAUGUGGUGAUAUCCAUGGGCAGUUUCAUGAUCUUGCAGAGCUUUUUCGAAUCGGAGGGAAGUGUCCAGACACAAAUUACUUGUUCAUGGGAGAUUAUGUUGAUCGUGGUUACUAUUCGGUUGAAACUGUAACACUCUUGGUAGCCAUCAAAGUGCGUUACCCCCAACGGAUUACAAUUCUGAGGGGAAAUCAUGAGAGUCGUCAGAUUACUCAAGUGUAUGGUUUUUAUGAUGAAUGUCUAAGGAAAUAUGGCACUGCAAAUGUUUGGAAGACUUUCACUGAUCUAUUUGAUUAUUUUCCAUUAACAGCAUUGGUCGAAUCUGAAAUUUUCUGUCUCCAUGGUGGGUUGUCUCCGGCAAUUGAAACCCUGGAUAACAUACGUAACUUUGACCGCGCUCAAGAAGUCCCUCAUGAAGGUCCCAUGUGUGAUCUAUUGUGGUCCGACCCCGAUGAUCGAUGUGGUUGGGGCAUUUCCCCAAGGGGUGCUGGAUAUACCUUUGGCCAAGACAUAUCCGAGCAAUUUAACCGUAAAAACAAUUUGAAGCUUAUUGCCAGGGCACAUCAGCUGGUCAUGGAAGGAUUCAAUUGGGGUCAUGAACAAAACCUUGUUACUAUAUUCAGUGCACCUAAUUAUUGCUAUCGAUGUGGAAACAUGGCUUCCAUCUUGGAAGUUGAUGACUGCAAGGGUCAUACAUUUAUUCAGGUGAGAGCUUUAUGUAUAUAUUUGCUAGCACAUCCGUAUAUAAACAGUUUACAAGUAUUGUGUUGUUGCAGUUUGAGCCAGCUCCGAGGAGAGGAGAGCCCGAUGUGACCCGCAGGACACCUGAAUACUUCCUGUAAAGGGAAGUGCCGCCGAGUUGAUGAGCCUCUGUAUCUGGUGGCCAGCGCUCUGCAGUGAGGUUGUGCUGAGAGCUCCUUUCAAAACUUAAGAUAAAGAUUGGCUGUCUGCAAUGGUGGUUGUUCGGUCACAGCAAGGCUGCUUGUGGCCAAUGAGGCUUUGUUUCCUUCAAUUAUGGUUCUACAAAGACGAGGUCGAAGAGCUGAGCCCAACACUGUGGGGGCGAACGCAUCAUUUCUGGCAGAAUGUGAGGUUUUUGU